UAGUUCGGGUCAGACAGUGGUCGUUGACUUGACCGUGUGAACUCAAAACUUUGUCUUAAAUUCGAAUCAAUAUAAAAAAUAUUACGGAAAAUCAACCCUCAGUCAUUUGAUUCGUCAUUGAAGUGUGUCAGGUGUAACAAAGAGACGUUACGCGACCAAUGGUCUGCAAUAAAAUUUAACGAUAGCAUAUAUUGUUCGCGUUGAUCGCUGCCAUCGGUGACGCUCAAGUGUGCUAUUAUUUAAAAUUUUCAUUUCCACCCCGAUAAGAGUAAAUUUAGUCGGGUUUUUUGUACGGACUGUAUCGGGCCGGUGUCUGUUAGAUCCACUGUGAAAUUAUUGCAUUGCUGCAGCGUAAACAACAAAGCAGAACUUGGAGGUUGCAAUAAAGCGUUCUACGCCCAAAGUAGUCGUAUUUUGUCGAAUUCAAAUCAGAAACUUUUGUGGAGUAAUUCAAACGGGCAUCAAAAACAAGCCGUUAGGAUGGUUUGGAGCUCAGUUUUUGAUUCCAAAUCGGAAGGGGGCAAGAUGCCAUUGCCCCAAAUGAAGUCGGCCGAAGCAGUAAAUCACCUUGAGCACAUGUGCAAUUUGGAGUUUGAUUCUCCAGUACCACAUGUACGUCUCACCGGAAUCGUUUGCACAAUUGGGCCUGCCUCCCGCUCGCCCGAAAUGCUUGUGAAAAUGAUGGAAACGGGAAUGAAUGUAGCCCGUUUGAAUUUCUCACAUGGUUCCCACGAAUAUCACGCCGACACCAUUAAGAAUAUUCGUAUUGCAGCUAAGACGUACUCAGAACAAUUGGGUAUUGAAUACCCGUUGGCCAUCGCUUUAGAUACCAAAGGCCCUGAAAUCCGUACUGGAUUGUUAGAGGGAGGCGGCUCCGCUGAAGUUGAACUUAAGCGCGAUGGAACCAUUAAGCUUACAACAAACAAGGCCUACGCUGAGAAGGGAAAUGUUGACAUUGUCUAUGUUGACUACGAUAAUAUUGUGAAUGUUGUUAAGCCAGGCAACCGGGUGUUUGUGGAUGAUGGUCUCAUUUCAUUGAUUGUUACCGAGAUCGCUGGUGAUACUUUGGUAUGCAAAAUCGAAAACGGAGGCAGCUUGGGCUCACGUAAGGGCGUUAACUUGCCUGGAGUACCAGUUGAUCUGCCAGCUGUCUCAGAAAAGGAUAAGUCUGAUUUGAAAUUCGGUGUUGAACAAGACGUUGAUAUGAUCUUCGCAUCCUUCAUCCGAGAUGGUAAUGCAUUGACGCAAAUCCGAAAUGUUUUGGGUGAAAAGGGAAAAGCAAUUAAGAUUAUCUCAAAGAUUGAAAAUCAACAAGGUAUUCAGAACAUGAACGAAAUCAUCGAAGCUUCCGAUGGCAUCAUGGUUGCCCGUGGUGAUUUGGGUAUUGAAAUUCCACCAGAAAAAGUAUUCUUGGCACAAAAGGCAAUGAUUGCAAGAUGUAACAAGGCCGGUAAACCUGUCAUUUGCGCAACUCAAAUGCUUGAGUCCAUGGUGAAGAAGCCACGUCCCACUCGUGCUGAAAUCUCAGAUGUUGCUAACGCAGUUUUGGACGGAGCUGAUUGCGUCAUGCUUUCAGGUGAAACUGCAAAGGGUGACUACCCACUUGAAUGUGUCUUGUGUAUGGCUAAGACAUGCAAGGAAGCCGAAGCUGCUUUGUGGCAGAAGAAUUUGUUCCACGAUUUAGUAUCACAUGCCACAAACUUAGAUGUAGCCCAUACCGUAGCAAUUGCAGCGGUCGAAGCUGCCUCAAAGAGUCAAGCUGCUGCCAUUAUUGUUAUCACGACAUCAGGGCGUUCGGCACAUCUUAUUUCCAAAUACAGGCCACGUUGUCCGAUUAUUGCUGUUACAAGAUUCUCACAAACUGCCAGACAGUCACAUUUGUACCGUGGACUUUUGCCAAUUGUUUACAAGGAACCACCACUACCUGACUGGCUCAAGGAUGUUGACGCUCGCGUACAGUUCGGUCUUGCAUUUGCUAAGAGGCGACAAUUUGUUUCCAAGGGAGACCCUGUUAUUAUUGUGACCGGAUGGAAGCAAGGAUCAGGAUUCACAAACACCAUGCGUAUUGUGAAUGCCGAAUAAAUUCAAUCCUACCUGAACAGAAGCACAACAGCAUUACAGUCAUGAGGGAAGUCAACCAAACCCGCAUUAUUGCGAAAAUAAUUCGAACGAAACCCAGCCGCUCCACCAGAAGGGAAACUUUACCUCAUAACAUCUCUCAUAUUACAUCAGUUUGCUAGUUCCAUAUACUUUUUUCAGUUGUGAGAUCAGGAAUCAUGGCACAAUUGAAUCCACUAUAAAGUUUAAUUUUGCUACUGUUCAAGAUACUAAAAUGUUAAUCAUAAUUCUAGACUAUUAAAAAGAACAUAAUAUAAAGGAAAUAAAUUAAUUAUAUUUAUUAAUUGAUGUGCAUAAUUCUUAUCAAAAAUCGUUAUGAUUGCCGUCGGCGAAUAUAAUCAGAAGCAAAUUGAAUCACAUACACGUUUAUAAGAGUUCGUUUGAUCAAGACGCAGGUUUAAAUCAUAUUCACAACUAAAACAUAAUCUGUUGAUUGUUAUUAGACGUAAAAUGUCUUAGUCUCCUAGAUUUGUCGAUCAAAUGCAUCAAUAGAUAUAAUAAAACAAAAGGAAACACGAAA